CGUACUGCAGCUCAAAAUCUAACAAGACAUUAUUGUUUGGCUAACAACAAAAUUAAGGCGCGUGAACACCCAUUCACUCUCCCCUUCCAAAUCAAUCUAGUCUCUGAAAAACCAAAAUUCACUCUCAUUAUUCCUGUCUCUGCAAGGAAAUCUCAAAGACCCAAAAAACAAAAAAACAAAAAACAAAAACCCAAUUACCAUACACACAAAGGAAAGAAAAUCUUUUACUUCUACAGUUCUACUACAACCAGUUUUCCGAUUCUCUCUAGUACUUGGAAUUUGCUCUCAUUAUUAUUCCUAUCUCUGCAAGGAAAUCUCAGAGAACCAAAAAAACAAAAACCCAAUUACCAAACACACAAACAAAAAAAGAAAAUCCUACUUCUACUACAACUAGUUUUUUUUUUUUUUUUUCCGAAUCUCUCUAGGAAAAUCUACUUCUAUGGAAACCCCUAUAGCUAUAAAUAAGGAUCCAAAUCACAAAAACCCAAGACUUGAAUUCCCAAUAAAACCUCACACUAACACUAACUCCUAUCACUCAGUCUCUCAGUCUCAUUCCCAUUCCCCAAGUUUUCUCUUGCACAACGGUUUCAACUCCGCGGACUUGCCAGACUCGGACAUAGAAAUGAUAACCAUACCGUCAGUCACGUACACGAGCCUCAAGGACCUGUUACCGGCGUCGUCGUCCUCGUCAUCGCCGCCGUCCGCCAUAACUCCGGCGAUGAUGAUGAUGAUGAACUCGAGCUGGUACGACGAGAUCCCAAUCAAGAACCCGCUAGUCAAACACGCGGCUUUGGCUUAUCUCCAGCCCAUGUCCACGCCUCAGGAGGUUCGGCGAAAGGGCAUUUUCGGAAGGUUGAAAGACAAGUGCACGUGCUGCGGCGGCUGUGGUGCCGACAGUUGCGGGGGCGGGUUUUUCGGUUGCUUUUCGUGGAUUAACGACGUCGUUUUCGCGACGGUUAAGGAUUUGUUUUUUUGGGAGCGAAGGAGGAGUGUUGUGGUUGUGGAGGAGGAGUACGAUGAGGAGGAUGAGGACGACGAUGAUGUUGAUGAUGAGAAAGUUGACUAAAUGGUUUUUCAGGGGUAUUUUUGUAAUUUCACAGGUUUGACUGGCAGAUAGGAAUUCUAAUUUUUUCGAAUUUUGUAAAUUGAUUUAUUAUUAUUAUUUUUUUUUUUUUUGGUGGAUGAUUUGUAUAUACCAAAGCUGUUUGGGCAGUGAUGUAAAACACUGAAAAGUGAUGUAAAACACUGAAAUUAUUCAGUA